AUGAAUAAAGGAGUUGAAAAGAAGAGAACCUCUUCAUUCAAUAAAUAAACAAUAAAUUAGAUAUAUGAUAGAUAUGAUACUAAGCAAAAACAAUUUUAUUGUCCAAAAUAAAAAAAAGAUGUCAAAAAUCUAAUAAACAAUCUAAAAAUGAAAUCAUCUUGUGAGAGUACUUUAAUGAUUAUUCCACAAAAUGUAUCUUGGAAGAAUGUCUUAAUAGGUCUAACUAAUAAAUCUCCUAAAUAAUAAAUAAAAUAAUAUAUUAAAAAGACUCCUAGUACAUCAUUACAUACUCCAGCUGAUUUUACUAUAAGAUAUACAGAAUAGUAAUCUGAGUUAAUAAAGUAAUAAUAAUCUAUAUUACAUUAAUAAUCUUAAUAAACUUCAUAUAGAUCUUUAUUUUAACAUAAUAAAAAUACUUAGUGGAUAGAUCUAAUUAAUCAUAAGAGUUCUAAUUAUAUUCAAUAAGAUUAAAUAGCAAUAACUGAAUAUAAGUAAAGAUAUUUGCUAACUUAGAACCUAAUUAAAUAAUUAAUUGACUAAUAAUUGUGAUUGGAAAUAUCCAUAUAUUUGCUAUAAGGAAAAAAGAAAUCAUACUAAAAUGUAAAUAAUAGAAAAUCUAGAAUUUGAAUGUUGGUAAGAAUUGAUGAUGACUAGAAUGUUUUUACGUCAAGCAUAAUGA